CGAGUUGUAGAUCUGGUUUUAUUGGUGGUGAUUUAGAAUGUCUUGAGGAAGCUUAUGUUCGGUGACGUGUUUGGUCUUUAAUUAAAUUAUUAAAUUUGUGAGUUGUGCUAAGACUUUUAUCUGCGUCUAGCAUUGAUCUAGAGAUAAAACGAAUCCUUAUCGCUAUGUUUGCUUGGUAUUUUCGCUACCGUGAAUCCCUGAGUGCAAACUGAGUUGAAUUAAUUCGUGGUUUUCCGCUACAGAAAUAGGUGCAGUCAGUGUGUAACGUGAUCAAAUGGUUGUAGUAACGGCCCAGGGGUCUACAAACCCCGAUGGGCUACCGCCGCAAGUUCAUAGAACGGGCAAUGGAGAAAAGUUUGUACUCUUGCUGUGGAAGAACUUCCUGUUGCACUGGCGGAGUAAAGUUUCUUCGUUGGUGGAGAUAUUCAUCCCGCCAUUCUUCAUGCUGUUGCUGGUAGGAUUACGAUCACUUACUGAGGUGCAGAUCAACAAUUAUGAAUCAGUCUACAACCCGUUGGAUAUUACUAACUUUACCGGUAUCAGGGACAGACUGGUGGUUCCCUUCAUGCCCACGAUAGCAUACUCACCACGCACAGACUUUCUCGAUCAAUUGAUGGAGCCCGUGGGUCGUCGGACAGAAAUGAACGUGCAAGGGUUCGCGAGUGCACAAGAUAUGCAGAACUUCCUGAUGGCAUCGCACGCGUUCGUUGGCGUGCAAUUCGACGAACAUUACGAGCAGUUGACCAGUCUGCCGACCCGGUUGAGCUACACGUUACGGUUUCCGGGAGAACUGCGCGCUCAGUUUGGUAUUACGCACGCGUGGCGAACCAAUUCAAGAUUCGCCUCGCGACCGGAUGGAGGGGCUCGGUUCUACCGGUACGACGAUGGUGGCCCAAGUCCUGGAUAUUUCCGCGAGGGCUUCCUUAGCAUUCAGCACUUUAUAUUUCGAGCAUUUUUGGAAGCUAAGAAGACGGUGAACAAAGAACUUCCGGAAGUGCACGUUCAGCGAUUUCCGUACCCACCAUUUCUUGAAGACAGUUUCCCUUCCAGCUUGACUACGUUCCUGCCGAUAUCCGUAAUGCUAGCCUUCAUCUAUCCAUGCAUCAGCAUUGUGAAAUCGGUGCUGUUCGAAAAGGAAAAACAGAUAAAAGAAGCGAUGAAGAUAAUGGGACUGAGCAACUGGAUACUGUGGAGUUCGUGGUUCGUCAAAAGUUUGUUCUUCAUAGUGAUAUCAGUUUCGCUAGUGGUACUCUUCCUCAACGUACCCUGGUACAGCACUCCAGACGUAUCCGUACUGACUCACUCGGAUGCCGGCGUUAUCUGGUUGUUUUUCUUCAUCUACGGUAUUGCCAUCAUCACGUUCUCGUUCAUGUUGAGUACCUUGUUUUCGAAGGCCAACUCCGGAGGAGCCGUCGCAGCGGUGAUCUGGUUUAUAGCGUUCGCCCCGUACGCCGUUAUGGAUCAGGACUACGGAAGCCUGUCGGCUUCGGACAAGCUGGCAGCAUCGCUUCUGCUCAAUACAGCCAUCGGAUUCGGCUUGCGCUUGAUCGGAGUUUACGAAGGAACCACGCAAGGAAUGCAAUGGUCAACCCUGUUCCACGACAGCGAUGUUGACAACAUCAACCUUGGCUCGAUCAUGCUGAUGCUACUGGCAGACGCCGUGAUCUACAUGCUCAUCGCGCUAUAUGUAGAGCAGGUGUUUCCUGGUGACUUUGGACUGGCUCAACCUUGGUACUUUCCAGUUUCAAAGCGAUUCUGGUUUGGUGAGUCCCCUACCAAAGAUCCGUUUACUGAGGAUCCCCCGUCAAAGAAAGAGAACAUCGAGGACGAUCCCAAAGGUCGACCGGCGCGAAUCGUCAUCAAGGGCCUUCGCAAAGUGUACUCAAAUAAAAAGGUCGCCGUGGAAGGGCUUAGCUUCAGCAUGUUCGAAGGUCAUAUCACCGCGCUGCUUGGUCACAACGGAGCCGGCAAGACGACGACCAUGUCGAUGCUGACUGGUAUGAAGCGACCUUCGUCGGGGACCGCUUUGAUCUACGGGCACGACAUUCGGCAUGAGAUGAAGAAGAUCAGGAAUUCGCUAGGGUAUUGCCCGCAGCACAACAUCCUGUUCGAAGAUUUGACGGUCAAGGAGCACCUCUACUUUUACAGCAGAAUCAAGGGGUUGUCAGACGCGCAGGCGCAGUACGAGGUCAAUCGGUACAUCAAAUCGUUGGAACUGGUGGACAAAACCAACGUGGUGGCUUCCAGCUUGUCCGGUGGAAUGCAACGGAAGCUGUGCGUUGGAAUCGCACUUUGUGCAGGGUCGAAAGUGGUGCUUUGCGACGAACCGACCUCCGGAAUGGACCCGGCUGCUCGGCGAGCGCUGUGGGAUUUGCUGAUCGCGGAAAAGAGUCACCGAACGAUGAUUCUUUCGACGCACUUUAUGGACGAAGCGGAUAUGCUGGGCGAUCGGAUCGCGAUCAUGGCUGAUGGGAAGCUAAAGGCGGUUGGGUCUUCUUUCUUUUUAAAGAAGAAAUACGGUGUGGGCUACCGACUGAUUUGUGUUAAAUCUGCCGAGUGUAACGUUACGGCGGUAACUGAAUUGCUCCGGAAACACAUUGUAGAUAUUGCGGUAGAGUCCAGCAUUGGAUCGGAGUUGUCCUACCUGCUGCACGAGGAGUACGUGACUCGAUUUCAGUCGAUGUUGGAAGACUUGGAGGACAACCUGGAGCGACUACACAUUCUCGACUUUGGAAUAUCACUAACUACCCUAGAAGAGGUCUUCAUGAAGGUCGGUUCCGACUCCACCAACAUGAGUGACGCCAUAAGCAUGAGUAGUAUUGCGACGACCUCAACAGACCUCGAAACGAACUCCAGCGUUGGAGACUACGAACUGAUGGAAGGUUUACGACUGUUCCUGUGCCAACUGAAGGCACUGUUUCUGAAGAAGGUUUACCAGACGUAUCGAAAUUGGUUCCUGUUUCUGGUGCAAAUCGGAAUCCCAAUUUUGUUCGUUUCCGUUACGAUCGCCGUGGUCCGAGCGUGGAUCGGAUCGCGUGAUAUGCCGUCUAGGUUGCUCUCGAUGGCAUCACACAACCCGUCGGUGACUCUGGUUCAGGUGGAUCCUUCAGCUGAGAGGGAGUCGUUAACGGAAGUAAUUUAUGCCAACUUUCUGAACCAAUUUCGGUGGAUAGAAGGACUGGCCGUUAGUGCAACCAAAGAAAACAUCGUGCGAGUAUUUCUGGACUUGGCUGUCCAAAAUUUGGUGAUCGUUAAUCGACAUUACGUAAUCGGAGCUAGCAUCAUGAACGACAACUGCACAGCUUGGUUCAACAAUGAGGCCCUUCACUCGCCGGCGAUUUCACUGAAUGCCCUCCACAAUGCACUGUUGAGGACGUUCACCAACUCUUCAAAGUAUCGCAUAGAUGUUACGAACCAUCCCCUGCCGUACACCGAUGAAACAAGGCUACAAAUGAGCCGAGCUCACAACAACCUGGGCUUUCAGCUGGCCUACAACACCGGCUUCGGAAUGGCUUUCGUGUCCGGUUUCUUCGUGAUAUUCUACAUUCGCGAGCGUGUAACCAAAGCGAAACUUCUUCAAUUCGUCAGUGGAGUGAACCGCUUCUCGUAUUGGUUCACGGGCUUCAUCUGGGAUUACUUUACGUACGCGAUCGUGUGCCUGUUCAUCAUCGCAGUGGUAGCCAUGUUCCAGGAGCCCGGUUUCAGCCGAGCUGACGAAGUGUUCCGGCUGUACGCGAUCUUCAUGAUCAUCGGUUUGCCCGCUCUUCCCCUAGCCUACAUAACGACUCUUUACUACUCCGUUCCACCGGCGGCAUUCAUCCGUGUUAGCGUAGCCUUCAUCGUCACCGGAACCGCUUUAUUCAUCUUCGUGUUUCUCCUCGGAACCGAAAUGUUCGAGCUGGACGAGCUGUCCGAAACGCUCUCCACGGUGUUCCUCGUCUUCCCCCACUUUGUCCUGUGUGACGCGAUCGUAAGCCUGAGUCGAAUGUCGAUCACGAUUGAGAUGUGCGAUGCGGCCCGACCUCCGGGUGUGACUCCCAUGCCGAUUUGCGACGAAGAUCUGUACUACUUCCAGUGGGAUCGGCCCGGCAUCGGAAGGCAUCUGUACUACAGUUUGGUCAUGACGGCGGUGUAUUUUGGCGUUCUGUUCCUGCUGGACUUUAAAGUGCUGAAGCUGGUCGUCCAGAAGAGCCGUGAGUGGUACUACCGGGGACAGUACAAGCUGGAAAGUGCUCCGGAAAACCAGGACUCGGAUGUGCGGGCGGAAAAGCAACGGAUCGCCGCGAUGACGGAAGCAGAGCGGAAGGAUACCAACUUGGUGGCGCACGAGAUGACGAAAUACUACAAUCGUUUCUUGGCCGUUAACCAGCUGAGCGUGGGGAUUAACAGCUACGAAUGCUUCGGUCUGCUCGGGGCCAACGGUGCUGGCAAGACGACCACGUUCAAGAUGCUGUCGGGUGACGAGACGAUCUCGUUCGGAAACGCCUGGAUCAAGGGGAACAGUUUGAAGACGAGCCUGAAGCAGGUCCACAAGCACAUCGGCUACUGUCCCCAGUUUGACGCGCUGAUCGAGGAUUUGACCGGCCGGGAAACGUUGAAGCUGUUUUCACUGCUGCGGGGAGUUCCGGGCGACAAGAUCGUCCCGAUUACGAUGUUUUUGGCGAAGGAGUUUGGCUUUGCGAAACAUCUGGACAAGCAGGUCAAGGCUUACAGUGGGGGUAAUAAGCGAAAGCUGAGUACGGCACUGGCAUUGCUCGGGAAUCCUUCGGUGGUUUACUUGGACGAACCAACGUCGGGAAUGGAUCCAGGAGCCAAGCGGAACCUGUGGAACGGUGUUUGCCGGGUACGGGACAGCGGAAAGACGAUCGUACUGACCUCGCACAGCAUGGAGGAGUGUGAGGCACUGUGCACGCGGCUGGCCAUCAUGGUCAACGGAGAGUUCAAGUGCAUUGGGUCGACGCAGCACUUGAAGAACAAGUUCUCGCAAGGAUUCGUGCUGAUCAUCAAGGCGAAGAAGACGGACUCGGUGGUGAAGACGCCCGAGGGAUUGGUUCCGGAGGUGCCGGAUUUGCAGAAAAUAAAGGAUUUUGUCGGGGAGAACUUUACCGAUACUCUGCUGAAGGAGGAGUAUCAGGAUCUGCUAACGUAUUACAUUCGGUCCCAGAACUUGAAGUGGUCUCAGAUAUUUGGAAUUAUGGAAAACUGCAAGAGCACGUUGAACGUUGAAGAUUACUCGAUUGGGCAGACCAGCCUGGAGCAGGUGUUCCUGUCGUUUACAAAAUUUCAACGGGAAGAAUAGAAUGAUUAUAGAGGGUUGUGUUCAGGUGGUGCUAGUGUGUUCCAAAGACAAUUUUUCGAAUAGCUAGGGAAAACGUUUAGUUAAGCAAAAUAUUUAUUACUUUCAAUUAUUAUGUUUAAUUGUUGUUGUGUUAAGCGAAUUAAAAUAUGAAUGUUUUACAAUUACUCGUAUUUG